UUUUGAAAUUGCGCUUGCUUGAUUUUUGGUGUUUUAGUUUAUUUGAACAAUAAACAAAUACAGAAUUAAACCUUGAUUAUAAGUUUAGAUGGUUACUCCAUCAUGAGUCACUUUGAAUUUGCCAUACCUUUACAAAAGGAUGAAUUGUUGGAAUCUCAUGCUGGGCAGUAUCAUGUUGAAGAUGUAGUUCAACCAAGGGUUCUACUAUCCAAACUGCAAGAUGCUGCCAGAGCAUAUAACACCGAGGGUGUGGAGUAUAUUCUGGAGCAUUUUGAUACAUACUUCUCCAUAAUUGUUCAUGGAAAUAAACUUGAAUGGAACGUUAUAAAUAAAGGGUUUGAUCACAUUGUGAGAGCCGCCAAGAAUCUCUGUAACCACCUGGAACUUAUAUUUCAAGAUCAAGAAAUUGAUCCAGAAGUCCGUGUGAAGAAUCUCAAUAUUGUCAAAAUGAUUAUGUAUCUAUUCAGUCAGAUAAUGAAAACCAAAGAUAUAAAGUUAGCAGCAGAUAACUCUACAAAACUCACACUAGGGAAGAAAGGUAAGAAAGCUACUGAUGAUGAGGAAUUCUGUGGUUGUACUGAAUCUGACAAGCAAGCUGCACUGGUGACACUGCACUUGGUACUUCAGCAACCCCUGUCACGACUCUGGGAUCCCCCUCUAGCUGAAGACAAUUUUGUUUCCAUGGUGGCUGAACCCUGUUACAAAGCACUAGAAGAGCAAAUAAUAAAGAACAAAGCUAUAAGAGAAACAGUAUUCCAAGUACUUGGUGUUUUGAUCAAGAAAUACAACCAUGGUACCUCAUGCCUUAUAAAAUUGGCUCAGGUUCUACAAAUGAUGGAGCAUGCAGUGCUACCUAUAUGUGCUGGAGUAGUUCAACUCCACAAAGAAUUUGGCCUUGGUACCUUUGGACCACAAAUGGUCCGAGAAAUAGCAGAAGCUUUAGCAUCCUCAGGAGAUGAAAAUGCUGGGGCUGGCACAGAGCAGGGAGCUGCAAGGAACUGUGGUACCUUUCUGGUGGAACUUACAAAGGAGCUACCUAAGGAAAUGACCGGAGCUAUUGCCACCAUACAACCUUAUUUAGAAAGUGAUGAGUCGUACACGCUGCGCAUCAGUGUACUCGGCAUGAUGUGCGAGGCUCUGAGCGUGGAGCUUCGCGGCGAGGGACUGGCGGACGAGCUGCGCGCGCAGCGGGACGACUUCCUCGACGACCUCUACGAGCAUAUGCACGACCUGUCCGCCUACGUGCGCCACAAGGUUCUCCAAUUCUGGUCGAGGCUGCAGAGAGAAAACUGUGUCCCGGUGACCAGGCAACGCACAGUGCUGGAGCGCGCUAUCGGCCGCCUGCGGGACAAGGCAGCACUUGUCAGGAAAGCUGCCAUUCAACUGCUAAAGGUGUUCCUUGAAUCGAAUCCAUUUUCCGCGCAACUAAAGCUAGAGCUGCUCGAAGAACAAUUGGCAACUGAACAAAAAAUACUGGAUGACUUACAUAAGAAACUGAAUCCUGGGCCGGACCCAGCGUUAGUAAAGAAAUGGGAGAAAAUAGAAAAAGAUGUUGUUGACUCAAUCAAUAAAAAUAUGGAUAUACUGACACAAGACGAACCAGAACUUUCGCAGGCGUCUUUAGAUAAUUUGUAUGAAGCAAUCAGAAGGCAUUUGCGGGAGAAAGACUAUUUCAAGGCAUAUUUGAUUGUGAAGCACACUGAAAGGCAAUAUCCAGAUGCCAGACUCUUGAGAUGCGAUAUGGAAAAAAGUGACCAGGUCGAAUAUUUUGUUGGAUUACUCAAAAAUAUCUUCAUAAUACCAGAUAGGAGGCAAUCAAUAUCCCUUACACAGCAAUGUGAGAACGAACUCGCUUUAUUUAAGCGAUUUGAAGAGAAAGAGAGCAUAGUGGCAUUUUUGCAAGAAUCUGUCCACUUUAGUCGAAUGGUCUCAGAGGCUGUGCCUCUAAUCAAUUCCUUGUUGAUGUCGAAGCAAGCCGGUGACGUCAGCGAGGCCAUAGACUUCUUUACGACCGCGCAUCACUUCAAUAUUGAGUCGGCAAAAGUGGGCGUUGCCAAUAUGUUACUGCUUGUGUGGUCACCUGAUCAGGAUAAGCGAGAAGCAGUCGAACGUGCGUACCGCGAGAUGUACCUCGAGAGCGAACACAAGGCGGAGCGAGCGCGAGCAUUCGCCAUCGCCAAGAAGCUGGUCGCGCUCGCCGAGCACGUCGACCGCGGCAGCGCGCUGGCGCUCGAUCACCUUGUGGGCCAGUGGGUAGAGCGGGGAGACAUCACGCCCGCCAUUAUACAGGUGUUUUGGGAAAUGUUUCUGAAGAAGAUUGACGGGACAACCGACAUGGACAGCUACGCCGCGCUAUCGAUCCUCGUGAUGAUAGCCAAGGCGAAGCCGUCCGUCGCACUCGCCAACCUCGAAGUGAUACAGUCCCACGGUCUCACUGCCGACUACAAUUCGCGCAACUUGAGCGCACAAUUACUUCUGUCUCUAGCAAAGAAGAAUCAGCGAUACCCCGCCGAUCACUCCAUGUUCACAUCCAUAUUUGACAGCCUAUUAGAAACAUUUUCGAAGCUGAACAAAUUCGUCGCUUUCGCCGCCAACACCAUCGACCUAAUCUACGCUGUCUGUGACACCCCUGAAACAAUAUGCGCCAAGAUACUCGCCGAAAUGUACAAGAGGAUAGAGGAGAAUAUGGUGAAAGAUGCAGAAAACGAGGAGGAAGCUACUUUCCCCACAGAGCUGGUUACGCGUUUCGUGUUUGUUUUGGGACACGUCGCGUUGCAGCAACUGAUUUAUCUUGAUAUCAAUGUGUAUAGUGAACUUCGCAGGCGUAAUCAGGUUCGUGAAGAGCGCAAAGUGGAAGAAAAACGUAAAAAGAAAACUGGGGCGGCAUUUGCGACUCCGGCUCGGCGCGGAAGGAUCGACGACUUGCGGCGACAAACGCUCAUGAACGUUAGCAACGCCAGCGCUUCUUCUCGCGGUCAACGGACUAACAGUGUCGCAUCAAACAAAGGACCUUCGGCCAACACAACAAUGACAGAAGAAGAGACCGGCCUAGAAGGCGCAGUAGCGGACGACGCCGACGCGGAGUACGUGCGCGGUGUGUGCGAGCGAGACAUCGUGGGUACAGGCACGGCAUUGGCAAGAUACGCGCCGCUGCUCCGCUGGUUGCUGGCCAACCCGGCGCGGUGUCCGCCCGCGCUGCAGGCCGCAGCUGCGCUCACGUAUACCAGGUUCAUGCUGGUCUCGAGCUCAAUGUGUGAAGAAGGAUUGCAGCUGAUGGUGACCGUGCUGAAACGGUCCAAGAAUGUUUCGCUCAGAACCAACCUCACCAUUGCCUUUGCCGAUCUCACCCUGCGUUUCCCCAAUCUUACUCAACCUUGGACGCACCACAUUUAUCACAUUUUGAGCGACGAAGAAUUAGAAGUCCGCCAAUGCGCAGUAAAGAUGCUCUCUUUCCUGGUUCUCCACGAAAUGGUCCGUGUGAAAGGUCAGAUCGCAGACAUGGCGCUCUGCUGCGCAGACAAAGACCCUCGAGUGGCCAGCAUGACGAAGCUGUUCUUCAAGCAACUGUCGCAAAAGGGCAACGCCCUGUAUAACGUCAUGCCCGAUAUCAUAUCGAGGUUGAGCGAUCCCGAGCUGAACGUGCCUGAAGAACAAUAUAGGGUUAUUAUGAAAUACAUUACAUCCCUAAUCCAAAAAGAUCGUCAAAUGGAAGCACUAGUCGAAAAACUGUGUCAGAGAUUCAAGCUAUCCACCGAAGAGCGGCAGUGGCGCGACCUCGCCUACUGCCUGUCUUUGUUCAGCUACAAUGAGCGGUCGUUACGCAAGCUCAUCGAGAACUUGGACUGUUAUAAAGACAAGCUGCACUGCUCGGGAGUCAUGGACUCUUUUACUGCGCUCAUGAACAACACUUCCAAGAUGGCUCGGAAUGAAAUCAAGACCUUAGUGACGGAGCUAGGCGACAAGAUAGAGGAGUGUUUCGCCGUCCGCGACGGGGAAGACGCGGAGGGCGGCGGCAGCGGGGACGCGCGGGUGGGC